AUGUUUACUGGUCAGGAGUAUCAUUCCGUAGACUCUAAUUCCAACAAGCAAAAAGACAACAAUAAACGUGGUAUUGAUGACACAUCAAAGAUCUUGAAUAAUAAGAUACCGCACUCUGUUAGUGAUACUUCUGCCGCCGCCACCACCACUUCUACUAUGAACAAUUCUGCUUUAAGUAGAUCCUUAGAUCCUACUGACAUAAACUAUAGCACAAAUAUGGCUGGUGUGGUUGACCAAAUACAUGAUUAUACUACUUCCAAUAGAAAUUCUUUAACCCCACAAUAUUCUAUUGCAGCUGGAAACGUCAAUUCGCAUGAUCGGGUUGUUAAACCCAGCGCCAAUUCAAACUAUCAGCAGGCUGCAUACCUUCGACAACAGCAACAGCAGGAUCAGCGACAACAGUCACCCUCUAUGAAAACUGAAGAGGAAUCCCAACUCUACGGUGAUAUUCUGAUGAAUUCUGGUGUCGUACAGGAUAUGCAUCAGAAUCUGGCCACUCAUACAAAUCUGAGCCAACUGUCGUCUACCCGUAAGUCCGCUCCGAAUGAUUCUACUACAGCCCCGACUAAUGCGUCCAACAUCGCCAAUACGGCUUCUGUGAACAAGCAGAUGUAUUUCAUGAACAUGAAUAUGAAUAACAACCCACAUGCCUUGAACGAUCCAUCCAUCCUGGAAACAUUGUCGCCAUUUUUUCAACCUUUUGGUGUUGAUGUAGCACAUUUACCUAUGACGAAUCCACCAAUUUUCCAAAGUUCUUUGCCUGGAUGCGAUGAGCCAAUUAGAAGAAGAAGAAUAUCAAUCUCUAACGGUCAAAUAAGCCAGCUAGGCGAAGAUAUUGAAACUUUGGAAAACCUGCACAACACACAGCCGCCCCCGAUGCCCAAUUUUCACAAUUAUAAUGGUCUGAGCCAAACUAGGAAUGUAUCAAACAAGCCGGUCUUCAACCAAGCAGUGCCGGUUAGUAGUAUUCCACAAUACAAUGCAAAAAAAGUUAUUAAUCCCACGAAGGACUCCGCAUUGGGUGAUCAGAGCGUUAUUUACUCGAAAAGUCAGCAGCGAAAUUUUGUAAACGCGCCAUCAAAGAAUACUCCAGCGGAGAGUAUAAGUGAUUUGGAAGGCAUGACGACGUUUGCGCCAACUACUGGAGGUGAAAAUAGGGGCAAAUCUGCACUUAGGGAAUCUCACUCUAAUCCUAGCUUCACUCCAAAAUCUCAAGGAUCUCAUUUAAAUUUAGCGGCGAACACACAGGGAAAUCCAAUCCCUGGUACUACGGCAUGGAAGAGAGCAAGAUUGUUAGAAAGAAAUCGAAUUGCAGCUUCGAAAUGUAGACAAAGGAAAAAGGUUGCGCAGCUGCAGCUCCAAAAGGAAUUUAACGAAAUUAAAGACGAGAAUAGAAUUUUACUGAAAAAGUUAAAUUACUAUGAAAAACUAAUCUCUAAAUUCAAGAAAUUCUCCAAAAUUCAUUUACGUGAACAUGAAAAACUAAAUAAAGACUCAGAUAAUAAUGUUAAUGGCACUAAUAGUAGCAACAAAAAUGAAAGCAUGACUGUGGAUUCAUUAAAGAUCAUUGAAGAACUUUUAAUGAUCGAUUCAGACGUUACAGAAGUGGAUAAAGAUACUGGUAAGAUCAUAGCCAUCAAGCACGAGCCAUACUCUCAACGUUUCGGAAGCGAUACUGACGAUGACGAUAUAGAUCUCAAGCCCGUAGAAGGUGGUAAGGAUCCAGACAACCAAUCAUUACCCAAUUCUGAAAAGAUAAAAUAA